AUGUGUUGUGUACACCUUUGUCCUUUUGCUUUUUUUUCACUUUCUCUCUCUCUCUGUCUCUCUGUCUCUCUCUCUCUCGUGUGUGAAUCACGUGCUCUGCUUUUCGCACAACGAGCACGGGGCACCCCGUGCGACCUUGCCACUAGGGCAACCCCCGUGCAGCCAUACUCGAGUCCGGCCCACCAGCAGUUCACGAAGCAACCCAUCAGCGCCAUGGCCGAGUUUGUAGAUGAGCAGGCGGAGCUCGAUGAGCUGGAUAAGGACCGCGUCGAUCCCGAUGAAGACGACGAGGACGAUGACGAUGAGCAAGAGGAGAACGACGGCUUUAUCAACGAUGAAGAUGAGGAAGACGAUCGGCCUCGGGCCCGCAAGCGCGCUGGCAAGCGCAAAGGUGCCGCUGCUGACGACGACGACGACGACUAUGACGAAGGUGAUGAAGACUUGCUCAAGGACAACCUUGGCGAGGAGGAAUAUAACAAGCUCAAGGCUGCCAAACGGAAAAAACUCAUCAUGGCAGACGACGACGACGACGACGACGAUGACAUGAUUGCCAUCCGCCGUUCCACUGCUGGUGGCAACUCCUCGACCACUUCAGCUACACCUGCGCCCGCCGCCGACAACGCUCCCUCAAAGGAUGCAGCGCCUCAAGCAGCUGAAACUAGCGCUGCUGCCCGCCAGGCAGUCGAAAUGUCUGAUAGCGAAGAUGAGGAUUCUCAUCCGGCAACCAGCGCCAAUAAUCAGCCUAGUCGAUCCGCCGCCACGGCUACCAACGAAGCUCUUGGUGUCGACGAUGAUGACGACGACGACGAUGGUGACGCUGGUGUGCACGACGAGGACGAUGACGAUGACGAUGAUCUUGACGACUUCGUGGUGGAAGAGGGAGAAGAGAACAUGAGCGAGGCAGAGCGCCAAGCCCUGCGCGCCAAGCGCCGUGAGCGUCGUCGUGAGCAAAAGCGCCGCAUGCAAGAGGCUGGCCUGGGUCAACAAGCCCAAGCCGUCCUCUCUCUGUUUGGAAGCGCCGAGGAUUACGAGCGUCAGCUAGAAGAUGAGUUUGCAGACUACCGGGAGCUUCAUCCGGACGAGCAGCAGUUGCCCGAAGAGCUGCGAGCCGACCUUAAGCCAACUACGGCUUCCGUCUUGGGUCGUGAGCUGGCUCUUACUGCCUCGCAAAUUGUUGAAGAGGACGUGCCCGAACGCAUGCAGACGCAAUGGCGCGGGCGUUUUCGCAAAGAACCCAUCCCGGCUGAUCUGUUGGAUGAUGAGGUCGAAUACAUCUGGUCGGCCUGCUUUGGAGCGACGUGGAUCACGCACUGGCACGAUCCAAUUCUACGCCGCACCUUCUUCCGGGAUGAGUUUGCUGACAUGCGUAAGCGCGACCCACUCGAGACGAAGCGCUGCAUCGCCGAGUGUGUCAAACUGCUGCAUUACGACCGCGUGGAUGAUUUUGACGAUUUGAACGCGACCACCAGCGGCGACGCCCAACGCACUGCAAAUGGUCCACGUGAAGUGCCCUUUAUCGCACACUUUCGCAAGGAAAAAGUUGGAUUCCCUAGCGUGCUCAACUACCACGACCUGUGGCUCGUACAAGAAUACGACCAGCGAUUCCACAUGCUCCACGAGCAACACGCUCGCUUGAUUCGCCAAACCGAUCAUCUACUGAAGAAACUUGAGCGUGAUGCCAAUGCAGGUUCUGCGCCGUCACACCGUGCCACGUUGAUUGACAACAAGUUUCUCAACUACCUUUAUGGCAUAAAAUCCGAUGAAGAGAUGAAGGACGUGCGCGCCUUUCUGCGCUUUUUCUACGAUGACCUCUUGCAGGAGCUGAACACCGGCUCGGGGAGCCAGAGUCAUGACGACCAAGCCGAGACACAUGCCUCGCGCCAGCGUCGUAUCACCAGCCGCUACCACCACUCGGAAAGCGUGGGUCUGACUGCCUCCAUGUCAUGCUUCGGCAUCACCCUGCCCCAGAUUGUGGAAAACAUUCUCAACGGAUUCCAGCUCCACGAGGUUCAAGCCCCCGCAGAAGACAUCUUCCAGGUGGCCAUGAGCUGCCCUGUCAACAUUGAUGUUGAGGAGAUUGUCAACCGCCUCCAGCAUUGCUUGGCGCGUGAGAUUGCGCAGCACCCCGCCGUCCGCGGUCACUUUCGCGAGCGCAUUCGGCGCAUGGCACUGCUAACCGUGCGUCCCACCAAAAAGGGAUUCCAGCUCAUUGACAAGUGGGAUGUGCUGGCCAAGUACAGGUUCCUCACCAACAAGCCCGUCGAUACGCUGAACGACGACACCUUCCUGUGGCUGAUCAAGGGCAAGCGUGCCGGUCUGCUUGAGUACAGCUUUGCCGUGUCUGAUCACACGGCCACGGAGAUUGAGCAAGCCAUUCUUGGCGCGCUGCAAUUCACGGUCAUGGAUGACAUGGCCCUCAAGUGGAAACCCCACAUCAACGCCAUCGUUCGGGAUUGUGUGCGCGACAUGCUGUUGGUCGAUAUGAUCGAGGAAGUCGAAAAGAAACUUACCGCUGAAGCUGAGCUCUUUGUGGAGGAGCAGUGCGCCAACUUUGUGCGCAACUUUGUAUCGCGCGCACCCUUCCAACCCGAUUUUGCCGUGGAGGAGGGGCGCGAGGACGGCGUCCGUGUGACAGCAUGCAUUCUGGGAGACAUGGGUGAAGCAUCGUUCUUGGUCCAUCUCAACGGCUAUGGCGAUGUUGUCGACUUUAUCAAACUGGACAACCUUGGUUUUAGCGAACACGCACGUAACGAAAGGGAUGCACAGCGCCGUCGUGAUGACAACGAGCGCAUCAAAAACUUUUUGCUGCUCAAUGUGCCUGAUGUCCUUGUGGUGGGAGCUGACCGUCAGCCGGCACUUCACUUGCACCGCACCUUUGGUGACAUGGUUCGGAACAUCCGAGAGGAGGUCGAGGACUUUCCUCCCGUGUCCGUUGAAUUGGUUGAGACUCAAGUUGCCGAGCUUUAUGCGCGCAGUGUGCCAAGCAAGAAGGAGUUUGCUGAGUAUCACUUCUCUCUCAUCACGGCCAUUGGCCUUGGUCGCCAAGUGCAGAACCCCGAGCUGAUGAUGGCAACGCUCUACAAUGAGGAUGAAGACUUUUUGCACAUCAGCAUGCACCCUCUGCAGGAAUUCAUCUCAAAGGAUCGCCUCCGCACAAAGCUGAUUCAGGAGAUGAGUGUUGCUGUCAACCGUUCGUGCAUCGAUUUGGUGGCUGCCGCGAGCAAGCCACAGCUGGCCAACGCGUUGCAGUUCAUCUGCGGUCUGGGCAAGCACAAGGCUGCGGCGCUUCUGAGCCACCUGCGCCCAACCGUGCGCGAGUUUCACGGCCGUCGCCAGCUGGCAGACAUGGAGGGUCUGGGCCCAUGCACGGCCUACAAUGCAUCGGCAUUCUUGAUUGUUCAUCCAAGCCCUGAUUAUGAUGAGCCGGAACAGUCUUCUCGCUUGGAUGAGCUUCUCAUUCAUCCAGAGUCGUACAAGUAUGCCACCAAAAUUUGCAUGGAUGCUGUUGGCUACUCGGAGCACAUUGGCGAGGAUGAGGACGCCAAUCAGUUGGCCAACGAGGCCAUUGGCAAGAUUUUGGACGAUGCUUCAGGUCGUGAGAAGCUUGAGCGCCUUGACAAUAGCCUUGCUGACUACAAUCGCUACCUCCAAACCUUGGGCUUGCCUGACAUGUUGCAAACCUUGCAAGACAUCAUGACCGUUCUCAAGGCACCGCAUCGGGAGAUCCGAGCACCGUUUUUCAGCAUGUCCGAUGCUGCAGUGCAGGCGCCCAUGGCCCCCUCCUUGUUUGAUCGCAUGCGUAUCAACGAGGCCCUGCACCGACGCUUCUGUGCGCUCUCUGGACAACUGAUCCAGCAUGUGACCGAGUCGGACAUCCCCAUCAUGAGCAAUUUUGACUGUGUGAUUCUUCAAGAGCACAACUCGGGUGAACUCUACUUUCACAAUCCGGUAGUGUUCGAGCCAACUGUCUGCAUCAAUCAAGUGGUCGAUGCAGAGGUCUUGCGCUUUAAGGAACGUCCACCCUUGGACCCUUACGGAGAACCACAGAUUGUGGACGUGACGUUGCGCAUGAGCAAUGGUAUCCGUGCCACCCUCAACGUUCGCGACAUCAGCUCGUCAGACAUGAACGUGGAUCCUCGUUCACGCCUACAACCGGGCAUGUUCUGUUUGUGUGUGUGUGUGUGUGUGUGUGUGUGUGUGUGUGUGUGUGUGUGUGUGUGUGUGUGUGUGUGUGUGUGUGUGUGUGUGUGUGUGUGGCACAUACUCAAGUCCUUGUGGGAAAUGAUAGGCGAUGUACUGCGAGGUGAUCGUCAGCUGAUGCGGCCUCAGGUUUGGGGCUUUGAUGGCGAUUAUGACGAAGAGGCUGAGAUUGAGUUUGAGCAAAAGCUCAAGGCAGAGGAAGCCCCGGCGCUGCGCUACGUGCCGCGUGUCGUCAACCACCCGGCCUUUAUCAACGCCGACUAUUCGCAGGCGAUGAAGCAGCUACAAAACGGCCACAUUGGCGACGUCGUGUUCCGCCCGAGCUCCAAGGGCGAGAAUUUGAUCACCUGCUCAUGGAAGACCGGAGAUAAGCAAGUGGCGCAUACGACCAUCAAGGAGGAUGAGGCCCGGAAGCGAGACGAGUACUCGCUCUCGGACCGCCUGCUCCUGGAGGUGGCGCCCGGUCGCACUGAGGAGUUUGAAGACUUGGAUCAGAUCAUCGCUCAGUACAUUUCACCCAUGGCCGACCUGAUUCGUCGCCUGCACGCACAUCGCCGAUUCAAGAACGUGACCCGCGAAGAGAUGGCGGCAGAUAUUGUCGAUGAGAAGCGGCAAAACAUGAAUCGCAUUCCCUACUACAUGAGCCCGGCGGAGCCUUGUCGCUACUGGCUGACGUACGUACCCAAGCGCGACGCCCUCUUGCAGCGGAUCCGCAUUACGGUUGAUGGUUAUCAGCUGCAAAGCGAAACGUUUCCUGAUAUCGACCAGCUCCUGACUUGGUUUAAGCUCAACUUUCAGCGCAUCAAGCCCUACAAGCCGCCGAGCCGUUCCACGCAGCGCUCGUCUCAACCGGCUGCCAGCACAGCACCCGCAGCUCCCCCUUCCAACUCCGGCACGGCUGGCGCACCUGCCGCACCGGUCCAGCGGGAGCCACGCUACGAUGCACCGCCGAUGGGCUUUGGUGCCCCACCGACCCGCGAGCCAGCCUAUCCCCGCCCGGCCUAUGAAUCAGCGCACGUUGGUACUGACUCACGCUAUGGCGGACCAGAAUUUGGUGGACCACCUGCCCACGACUACGGCGGUCCGCCAGGUGGCAGUUUCCGGGGACCUUCCGGGCCCGGCUUUCAAGGGCCACCUGCCCACGAUCUCCCACCCUAUGGUGGCGGACCGCCUGGUUUCAUGGGGCCCGGUAUGCACAAUGAUUUCCGGGGUGCGCCGCCUCCAGGACGACCCGGACCCGGGCAAGCUAACAACCAGCAGGCUCGCAAUGACGAAGCCACCAACGACUUCUUGCGUCAUUAUGUCCCGGCUCCAAACUAGACGGCGCUCAGCCCAUGCCGAACGGCCCUUGUUGAGACUGGCUCGUCGCCUUUGAGUGUAUUUUCUUUGUCAUGUUUUGCUGGUGUGCUUCGACAUGUGAGUUGGGUAUGAAAUGCAGCCAAGGCACGAUUCAAGGGUUGCUCAGUCCUCUCGGCUGGUUUAUAUUGCGAAUGGUAGUGACGCCAGUGAUGGCUGUGAGCUUUUGCUUGUGCGUCUUGAUUUGAGGUGAAUGAAGGAGAAUUUAUUCCGAGC